AUGCCGCUGGCUCACGAUCAUGGCACGCAGCAUUCCUGCUACCCGAUCUGGGACUCGGCCAAUGCGCGGCUAUCGCCCUGUGCGAUACCAUAUGUCUCCGCCAUCCCGGCGGUAAUAGUCCUGAUUAUUGCCAUCAACUACCUGCACGGCCAUGUUUUCCCUCGAUGGGGUCCCCAGUGGACCAAACCUUUUGUUUCGGAGCAUCCCCCAGAGUGCUCUGAGCUGCCGCCAGAACCGGCAAAACAGCCCAAGUCAGGCUGGGCGAUCUCCCUUUUUGUCCUCUCUGUUGUUGGCUGCGCAGCUGAGAUCGUCCAAUUGCUUCCUCCGGGGUUGGAUUUCACUGCUGUGACCCUUCUUGUCUCAUGGGUAGGCAUUUUCCCGACCUAUCCAGCAACUAUCACUGACAAGAAGCAGGGUGUUGCCGCGCUCGUGAUCGCUGUCAAGCGUCCGAGGUCAUGUCCUACGGCAAUGCUAGCAUACUUUAUUGCAGCAUUUGCAGUAGAAUUGACGCUUGUGGUUAAUCGUCCUUCUGCAGGGUUCAAACUGACUGCUCACUAUGUCGCAAUCGGCGCUGCGGCGGCCGCCUGUCUCACCCUUCUCCUGAUGCCGCUUCGGGAACCCUCACUGCCCUCUUUCAACAUCAGCGCCGUGGGCCAGCGGCCAUCCAGCGACUUCCGCAGUCCGGAGGACAACCUACGGCUCUGGCAGUUCCUCACCGUGUCGUGGAUGGCCCCGUUGAUGAAUAUCGGGCAGAAAAGAACUCUCCAGGAAACGGAUGUCUGGUUCCUGGCUUUCGAGUUCCAGCACAAGCGGCUGCAUGAGAAAUUCCGUCAGCUCAAGGGAUCGGUGCUUGGCCACUUCUCCACACCAAUCCUGUUGCAGCAGCUCUUGCAGGCGAUGAAGGAUCCCAGCUCGCCGAAGCGCGUCGCUUUGACGUACGCUCUGUUGACACUGGUCCUUCGUCUCGUUGCUGCGCAAUCACAGGUGUUCAAUCUCUGGUACGGCAGACGGUGUUACGAGAGAAGCAGGGGUGAGAUGAUCAUGAUGGUUUAUGAGAAAGCCCUGUCACGGAAGAACGUAUUUGGCUCGGAAAUAAACGGCAAGCCAGAGAGCUCUGAGGAUCAGGACGACGAACUUGUCAAUGGGAAUGCCAACGGCGUAUCGAGACGUAAGGACCAGAAAGAAAAGGCAAAAGAGUCCGCCUCGAUGGGCAAGAUAUUCAAUCUGUUACGAGGAGACGUCUACGAAGUGGCCCAGCGGCUUUGGGAAAUCGACGCGUUGGUCGAUAAGCCCGUCGGACUGAUUAUCGCCACGGUCCUCGUGUGGAAGUUAUUUGGACCGUCCUGCUUCUUGGGUAUCUUGUCCCUGUUAGUCGCUCAGUCGGUAAACGCAUUGAUCUCUCGCGCCCUUCUUCGAUGGGAGCGCGUCCGGAGAGCAGCGACCGACGCACGACUGCAGAUCACGUCUCAGUUCGUCGAAGCGAUCCGCCAUCUCCGCUGGUACGGAUGGCACAAUCACUGGCUCCGCCAGGUCAUGGAUGCGCGACAACGCGAGCUGAAUCUGCGGAUCAUCACCAGCUUGUGGAACAUCUUGAUCCGCUUCAUCAAUGCCUUCUCCAGCGGUGUCUUCCCCGUGGUGGCCCUUUACGCGUACACGCUCCUCGCGGGCCAUCCGUUGAGUAUCGACAUCAUCUUCCCUGCGCUGCAGCUGUUUACGAUGUUGGAGACUCGGCUGCGGGAUAUUCCCGGUUUGAUUACCGCUCUGAUCAACGCGUCCAUCGCUCUUGGGAGAAUCGAGGAUUUCAUGGCUGAACCAGACAAGGAGAGCAACGAGGCGGUCGAGUCCUCGACGGACUCUACUAUCCGGUUGGAAUCUUGUUCUUUUGCCUGGCCUGGACGCAUGUCACCCGUGCUGGCCGAUCUGAACUUGACCAUCCCGAAAGGCCUGACCGUUGUCUAUGGGAAGGUCGGCGCAGGGAAGACGGCUUUGCUCCAGGCUCUUCUCGGCGAACUAGACAAGCUCAGCGGGGACGCUCAUAUCCCCAAUGAGAUGGUGGGAUAUUGCGCCCAGACGCCCUGGCUGCAAAGCAUGAGCAUCCGCGACAACAUCCUCUUCUCCGCUCCGUAUGACGAGCAGCGCUACAAGAGGGUUCUGGAUGCUUGCGCGUUGCUUCCCGAUCUCGCCAAUUUCAAGCACGGCGACCUGUCAUUCGUGGGUGAGAACGGUAUCGGUCUGUCGGGAGGACAGAAGGCGCGUGUCGCUCUAGCGCGAGCAGUCUACAGUACCGCCAGGAUCUUGCUGCUGGAUGAUCCGUUGUCGGCCCUGGAUUACAACACGGCAGAAGCGAUCGUGCGGAAGUGCUUGUCGGGCCCCCUGAUGCGGGACCGCACCGUCGUUCUCGUCACGCAUCGCACGACGCUGGUGCGGCACAUUGCAGAUCAGUUCAUCGAGAUUGCGGACGGGCGGGCGACAGUCUAUGACAAGGAGGCUAUUUCUUCAGCUGCACCAGCUGAUGGAGUCGGUCAAGCGCCGCAGCUACGGGCCGAGCCUGAGAACCAGGCAGCGCUCGAGGAGGAGGCGUCUGCGGCCGUGCCAGACAAAUUCAUUGAAGAAGAACAUCGAGCUGAAUGGGGAGUAAAGGCCCGCGUCUACUGGAGUUACAUUCGCGCGGGCAAGCUGAAAUGUUUAUCGUCUGACGGCCGUUGGACAGUCGUGGUUUCUCAAGGAGUGGGGAGAGGCCUACAAUCAGAUCCGCGUGGUGUUCAGUUACCUUGGUUCCAACAGGAAGACUUCAGGGGCGUUCAGCAUGGACGUCCAUUUCAGGGCCCCCAAUCCUAUCGACGAAUUGCCGCCACCGCUGGAAGAUGUUCGACCUUGGCUGCUGGCGUUCUUCCUCAUCACGACGUUCCAGUCCGUCACCCUGCUGGUGGCCCAGCUCCUGAUGCUGGUCAUCAUCUACUGCGCAGGGAAAUCCCUGUUCCAGCAGGUGAUGGUGCGCGUCAGCCAUGCCACCUUCCGCUUCUUCGACGUGACUCCAGUCGGCCGGUUGAUGAACCGUCUGACGUCGGAUAUCGGCGUCGUCGACGGCAACAUCAGCGAGCAGUUCCAGAUCAUCGCCUUCCAGGCCAUUACGUGGGUUUCGUCCAUUCUCGUCAUCGCCUCGGUGACGCCGACCUUCCUCGUUUUUCGUUUGCGCUCACCGCGGCGUUCGUCAUGAUCUUCCUGCGCUUUCUCCCGACGUCGCAGAGUCUGCGGCGCUUGGAGAUGGUAUCGCUCAGCCCGCUGAUGUCUAAUUUCGGCGAGCUGCUGCAUGGCCUGACGACCGUGCGCGCGUUCCGCGCCCAAGUGCGCUUCCAGAACCGCGUGAUCCAGACGGUGGAUAAAUUCCAGGGGAUGGAUCAUUUCUACUGGUCACUGCAGGCCUGGCUGAUCUAUCGUUUCGAGAGCCUGUCGGCCAUAUCGACGUUUUGCCUGACGGCUCUGGCGCUGUACACGAACGUCUCUCCGGGACUGGUUGCCUUUGUGCUCAUCGCGGCCAACAGCUUUGUGGAGUCUACGCAUGCGCUGUGCAAGCAGUACGGCCAGCUGCAGAUGGACUUUGUGUCGGUGGAGCGGGUCGACGAGCUUCGUCACAUCGAGCAGGAGCCGGCAGGGACGAUCGAUCCGCUCGCGUCGUGGCCACGAUUCGGCUCUGCCAUCACGUUCGAAAACGUGACGAUCCGCUAUGCGCCCCAUCUCGACCCGUCGCUGAAAAACAUCUCCCUCCGGAUCCCUGGCGGGUCGACGACGGCGGUCAUCGGACGGACGGGGAGCGGGAAAUCGACCCUGGCGCUGUCCCUGCUUGGCGUCGUCCGCCCGGAAUCGGGGCGGAUCAUGGUCGACGACAUGGACAUUUCCGCCGUGAGCACGCAGUCGCUCCGCACGCGGGUGACGUUCGUGGCGCAGGACCCGAUUCUCUUCCCGGGCAGCAUCCGGCUGAACCUGGAUCCGACGGGGGAGUACACGGACUCGGAAUGCGCCGAAGUCCUGCAGCGCAUCUGCAGCAAGCGGCACGGGUGGACUCUUUCGACACAAAUCGAGGCUGGGGGGCGCAACCUGAGCCAGGGACAGCGGCAGCUGAUCGGGCUGACGCGGGCGGUGCUGCGGCGCAGUCCGAUUGUGAUUCUGGACGAGGCGACGGCGUCGAUUGACCAUGAGACGUCGCUUGAGAUACAAAAGGUCAUCCGGGAGGAGCUGCGAGAGUCGACUGUGGUAACGAUUGCGCAUCGGCUGGAGGCUGUCAAGGACGCGGAUUACUAUGUUGUGUUGGAUAGGGGGAUGGUUGAGAGGGAGGGACGUGUUGUGUAG